AUGACGUUGGACAUAGAUUACGUGCUCUCCCACCUCACCCAGGAGGACAAGAUCGCCCUUCUCGCAGGCACCGACUUCUGGCACACCCACCCCAUUCCCGAGUUGAACGUGCCUUCAAUUCGUACCACCGACGGCCCCAAUGGCGUAAGAGGCACGAAGUUCUUCGCCGGUGUGCCGGCCGCCUGUUUGCCCUGUGGCACCGCCUUGGCGUCGACUUGGGAUCAGGGUCUACUGCGCGAUGCGGGAAUCUUGAUAGGAAAAGAAUGUCUGGCAAAGGGAGCACACUGUUGGCUUGGUCCAACAAUCAAUAUGCCCCGAUCACCCCUCGGCGGCCGGGGGUUUGAAUCUUUCGCAGAGGACCCACAUCUCGCCGGAAGAAUGGCUGCCACAAUGAUCACAGGCUGUGAGAGUACUGGGGUCAUCUCCGCCGUAAAACAUUUUGUGGGUAAUGACCAGGAACAUGAGCGGAGGGCUGUGGAUGUUCUUGUCACCCAGCGCGCAUUGAGAGAGAUCUACCUGCGACCGUUCCAGAUCGUAGCCCGUGACGCGUGUCCAGGGGCUCUGAUGACUUCCUACAACAAGAUCAAUGGGAAGCACGUUGUAGAGAGUAAAGAGAUGUUGGAUAUGGUCCGCCAGGAAUGGAAGUGGAACCCGCUGAUCAUGAGUGACUGGCUGGGGACUUACACUACGAUUGACUCGAUGAAGGCCGGUUUGGAUUUGGAGAUGCCGGGCCCGUCGCGGUAUCGAGGUCGAUAUGUGGAAUCCGCCCUGCAGGCAAGGUUGAUCAAGGAGUCGACCAUCGAUAACCGCGCACAAAAGGUCCUUGAGUUUGUUCAGCAAGCAAGCAGUGCCCCAGUAUCCGCUGUGGAAACUGGAAGAGACUAUCCGGAAGACCGGGCGCUGAAUCGAAAGUUGUGUGCCGAUAGUAUCGUGCUUUUGAAGAAUAGGAACGAUCUUUUGCCUUUGCCAAAAACCAUUAAGAAGAUUGCCCUGAUCGGCUCACAUGUGCGAACUCCAGCGAUUUCCGGCGGUGGCAGCGCGUCGUUAGAACCGUACUAUACUGUUUCAUUGUACGACGCGGUGAGCGAAGCUCUUCCCCACACCGAGAUUCUCCAUGAGGUGGGCGCUUAUGCACACAAAAUGCUCCCUGUGAUCGACCGGCUCCUUAGCAAUGCCGUGAUGCACUUCUACAACGAGCCCAUCGGGACGGAGCGUAUCUUACGUGCCACACAGCCGAUGUCGAAGACGGCCUUUCAACUGAUGGAUUUCAAUGCUCCGGAGCUCAACAGAGGACUAUUCUAUGCGACACUAACCGGUGACUUUACACCAGAUGUGUCAGGUGUGUGGGACUUUGGCCUCACAGUCUUUGGCACCGGCACCCUGUACGUCGAUGACAAACUCGUCGUCGACAACACCACGCAUCAAACCCGAGGAACAGCAUUCUUCGGCAAAGGAACGGUACAAGAGCUGGGAUCGAAGACUCUCAACGCGGGACAAACAUACAAGAUCCGCAUCGAAUAUGGAUCUGCGAAUACCAGCCCCAUGAAAGCGAUCGGCGUGGUACACUUUGGUGGUGGCGCAGCGCACCUCGGAGCAUGCUUACGUGUCGACGCCGCGGAGAUGGUGCGCAGUGCUGUUAAGGCAGCCGCAGAGGCGGAGUACACUGUUCUCUGCACGGGCCUGAACCAUGAGUGGGAAUCCGAGGGGUUUGACCGGCCAGACAUGGAUCUCCCACCUGGAAUUGAUGCAUUGAUCGCCUCUGUUCUGGAGGUAGCCGCAAAUAAAACUGUGAUUGUUAACCAGUCCGGGACGCCGGUGACGAUGCCCUGGGCUGAUAGAGCGCGAGGGAUCGUUCAGGCCUGGUAUGGAGGUAAUGAGACGGGCCAUGGUAUCGCGGAUGUGAUAUUUGGGGAUGUCAACCCAUCCGGCAAACUGCCACUAUCGUGGCCGGUGGAUGUGAAGCAUAACCCAACAUAUCUGAAUUACGCCAGCGUGGGGGCAGGGUGCUAUACGGCGAAGAUGUCUAUGUUGGGUAUCGGUACUACGAGAAGCUCGGCCGGGAGACACGGCCUUUCCUAUACGACCUUCACUGUGUAUCCGGACGUGGUCUUCUCCCAGGAGGCUCUGAGACCCGAGCAACCGCCAACUGCUGCGGUACAAAUUAAGAAUACUGGCAAGGUAGCUGGUGCGCAAGUCCUCCAAUUGUAUAUCUCCGCCCCCCAUUCCCCCACACCCCGCCCGGUGAAGGAGCUGCACGGAUUUACCAAGGUUCACUUGCACCCCGGGGAAGAAACAGUGGCCCAUAUUCGCAUGGAUAAAUACGCCACAAGCUUUUGGGAUGAAAUUGAAGGCAUGUGGAAGAGCGAAGAGGGUGUGUAUGAAGCCCUGAUAGCCUAUAAUAUCCCUGGCCCUUGGGCCCCUCUUGGCAGUCGGUUAGGGAUAUUGCUCCGGCUUAAAUGCAUUGACAUCCCGGGCGAUUGGUGGAAUCUCGCUCAAGUUCUCGGGGGCUUUCCAAUUAGGGGACUCGGUUACUGUCUCCUGUUCAACGGUUUCUCUUCUCCGCCGACCAACAGCAAAGGAGUGUAUCUGAAGUCACCGGUCAUGGCCAUGUCCGUCUCGUAUGCGGCAAGAGACAUUCUUGGCUGGCCUUGGCUAGUGUUGUGGUCAGUAUUUCGGAAGGGAGUCAACAUGGUUGUAGUAGGAAAGCAACGAGACGAAGAUGUGUCAGAGCCCAUCCUGGCCAACCUGCUGGCCGAGGAUCGGACCUCUUGGUACAAGAAACCCAACCUGAGACGAUUGUACUUGAUCCUCUUCCCUGCGUGCAUGGGCAUUGAGAUCACCUCGGGAUUUGACUCACAGAUUAUCAACACAGUGCAGAUCGUGUAUACCUGGAAUAAAUACUUCGGGAGAUUAACCGGUGAUAUCGUGGAUGGUAGGCCCGAGUACCAGAUUGAACCGAACCUCAAGGGCUUUCUAGGAGCGGCAUAUUCUCUUGGAGCUAUUCUUGCUCUGCCACUUGUCCCUUGGAUUAACCAACGCCUUGGAAGAAGAUGGACGAUCAUGUUUGGGUCUUGUAUCAGUUUGGUGGGUGCAAUACUACAAGGGUUCGCUAAUGGAGUCGGAAUGUAUGUAGUAGCGCGCAUGUUACUUGGGUUUGGGAUCCCAUUUUGCAUUGUGGCUGGGUCUUCGCUCAUCGGAGAACUCGGCUAUCCCAAGGAACGACCAAUCCUCACGUCCUUGUUUAAUUCAUCCUACUUCAUCGGCCAAAUUGUCGCUGCUGCGGUUGGCCUGGGCACAGUGACUAUCGCAAGCAACUGGGCGUGGAGAAUCCCUUCACUCUUACAGAUAGCUCCUGCUAUGGUUCAAGUGGUCUUUGUGUUCUUUCUGCCAGAGAGCCCUCGAUAUUUGAUCAGCAAAGACCGACGGGAAGAAGCAUUCGACGUACUAGUCAAGUACCAUGCCGAGGGAGACCGUAACUCCGUCAUCGUGCGCGCAGAGAUCGCCCAAAUUGAACGGACUAUCAAGAUGGAGCUCGAAGCGGCGAAACAAACCUGGUGGGACAUGUUCCGCACCGCAGGGAUGCGGCGUCGGAUGUUUAUAUCCGCGUUUUUGGGAUUGUUUACCCAGUGGUCUGGAAAUACAUUGAUCUCGUACUAUCUCAGUGACUUGCUGGAUAUGGUUGGCAUCACCGACAGCGUGACCAAGUCCAAGAUCAACAUCGGUAUUGCCUGCUGGGGAUUGGUUUGUGGAACAACCCUAGCUCUCACGGCACCUCGGUUCAAACGGCGGACGAUGUAUUUAACCUGUGCAAUAUCGCUGCUUUGCGUAUACAUUGGCUGGACGAUUUCAAUGGAGCGGUUCAUGUCAACAGAGGUUAAGGCCGCGGCAAUCUUGACCAUCUUCUUCAUAUUUGCCUAUUCCCCAGCAUACAACCUGGGCUACAAUGCUUUGACUUACACUUACCUGAUUGAAAUUUUCCCUUAUCUCGGUCGCUCUCGUGGCCUCUCCUGGUUCCAGUUUUAUGGCCGUGGGGCAACCUUCUUCGCCACAUAUGUUAAUCCUGUCGGGCUGGAUAGAAUCCAGUGGCGAUGGCUUUUGGUUUACUGCUGUUGGUUGGCCUUCGAAGUGGUGUUUAUCUACCUUUUCUUCCCAGAAACAUCUGGAAGGACAUUGGAAGAGUUGUCGUUUAUUUUCGAGGGAAAAGAAAAGGCAAAUGAGGUGGCUGCUGCGGUGCACAAGCAGAUCGAGGGGGAUGAGAAGAAAGAAGGCCAGGCUUAG